GCAGGCUGCGGCGGCCGCGGGAGAGGCGUCCACAGCGGUGGCGGCUGGGGCAGCGGCAGACCGGCGGCCGAGCAGGGCGGCGGCGGCACGGGAUUAUCACUCACCAAGAACAGAGAAACCACAGGACUCUUGGGGACCACAGCCCUGAUUUAGGGAGCCAGACUUGUCUUGGCCAAACAGCUGCUCAUCUGGUUCGUUCCAUCAGCCUGGAUUGGUGAAUCUGAGUCACAAGGGAGAUCUCCAGGUUUGCUGGGAUGGGAAACCUGCUCAAAGUCCUUACCAGGGAAAUUGAAAACUACCCACAUUUUUUCCUGGAUUUUGAAAAUGCCCAGCCUACAGAAGGAGAGAGGGAAAUAUGGAACCAGAUCAGCGCCGUCCUCCAGGAUUCCGAGAGCAUCCUCGCAGACCUGCAGGCUUACAAGGGCGCGGGGCCAGAGAUCCGAGACGCCAUUCAAAAUCCCAAUGACAUUCAGCUUCAAGAAAAAGCUUGGAAUGCAGUGUGUCCUUUGGUCGUGAGGCUAAAGAGAUUUUAUGAGUUUUCUAUCAGGCUAGAAAAAGCUCUUCAGAGUUUAUUGGAAUCUCUGACCUGUCCACCCUACACACCAACGCAACACCUGGAGCGGCAGCAGGCCCUGGCCAAGGAGUUUGCGGAAAUUCUGCAUUUCACCCUUCGAUUUGAUGAACUGAAGAUGAGGAACCCGGCUAUUCAGAAUGACUUCAGCUACUACAGAAGGACCAUCAGUCGUAACCGCAUCAACAACAUGCAUCUAGACAUUGAGAACGAAGUCAACAAUGAGAUGGCCAACCGAAUGUCCCUCUUCUAUGCAGAAGCCACACCGAUGCUGAAAACCCUCAGCAACGCCACCAUGCACUUUGUCUCCGAAAACAAAACACUGCCAAUAGAGAAUACCACAGACUGCCUCAGUACGAUGACGAGCGUUUGUAAAGUCAUGCUGGAGACUCCGGAGUACAGGAGUAGGUUUACAAGCGAAGAAACGCUGAUGUUCUGCAUGAGGGUGAUGGUGGGGGUCAUCAUCCUCUACGACCACGUCCACCCCGUGGGAGCUUUCUGCAAGACAUCCAAGAUCGAUAUGAAAGGCUGUAUAAAGGUGUUGAAGGAACAGGCCCCAGACAGUGUGGAGGGGCUGCUGAACGCCCUCAGGUUCACUACAAAACACUUGAAUGAUGAAUCGACUUCCAAACAGAUUCGAGCCAUGCUUCAGUAAAGCUUUGCUCAGUGAAGAGGAUCUUUGAACUGACCUCAGAAGAUGUAUAUGUUUACAUAAUUUAAUACAGAUUGAUGUUAAUACUCGUGUAUUUACAUAACCGUUUCCUUCUUGUCCCUGAAAUAUAUGGACCUUAAUUUGUAUCCUGACUGACUCAACCCAGCAGAGCAUAAAUUGACUGGAGAGCCUUAUCUUCGAUGGCUGAAAGGAAAACCCCUUCUCCAAAAGGAAAAUUUUGGAGACAUUGAUCUUUGCUACUGGAGUUCCUUACACCUUUAACAAUCAGAAAUUCCUAAU